AUGUCAACAUACAAGACAAUUGCCCAAGAAGAAAAUUUAAACUCGACUCCUCAAGAAGCUGAAGGCAGUCGCUUGCUAGAUGCGAAUCUGGAAUCAUGCUUCAGGAAGCUGCUACUCUUUCCACCUUUGCUUCUUUGCAAUGGCAUCAGCCUUCUCCUCAUCACCGGCCCGGUUGACGGUUGGACAUUCAAGGGCAAACAGUAUGACUGGAUCUCAGCCAACCGAGCCACAACGCAAUUAAUCGUUCAGACUCUGGCUAGUCUUUUGGGGUUGGCUCUAGUGGCGACCGUGAGGUCUAUGGCUAACUUUUGGGCGCGCAAUUGGCUGACCCGAAGGCCGAUGCUUCUUGAUACUGUGGCUUUCUUCAGCUCCGUGACAACAUCCCAAAUUAAUUGGUCCUUGGGAGGCAUCAGGCUGCCAGUCCUACUCUUAACUGCUUUGGCUGCUCUGGUUCCAGCUGCCGUCUGGGCCGGCGCUAUCACCCCCAUCCUCACUGUCUUGACCGGCCAGACACCGCUCUCGAUCCCUACUGCACGUUGGACGAAUGCAACCUCAAAUCUCUGGAACAAUAACAAUUGGUACACCUAUCAGAUACAAGGCGGUCCAAGAGUCUACAGUGAAUUAGGUGUCUUCUCAUACGCGUAUCAUUCAGAUCGUUUUAGUUACUUCAUCAAUGAUGGCUCAACUGCUACCAAUACGACUGAAUCUCCGCAGCGUUUCCCCAAGAGUGACAACACUAACUUCACGUAUUACGGGCGGUCGUAUGGUAUGGGUGCUACGGUUGGUUUGAAUGAUUCGUUCACGUUAGACCCGUACAUCCGAAGCUACACCUAUAACGAUACUGGAUAUCUAACACAGUACACUUGCGACUAUGACACCAACUUCGCCAUGCAGCUCGAGCUGACUACUUCCUCCCCUGUUCCAGUCUACUAUGUACAUCUUCCUGGUAAUGAUGGUUUCUACGUGGCAAGCCAACAGGGAAUCACGCUCGCCAUUGCUGCAGCAAAUACGCAUAACUGGGCGUUCUACAUGGGUGCUUCCUCUAAGUACAGCGUCCUGAAUGCGACUUUCUGCAACGCCACUUAUUCGCCAACGUUGUUUACUGUGCACGUUGAUCUUACUGAGCGCCUAAUCACCGUUAAGCCCCAGGAGACGCUGGCCAAGGUUGAUGAGUUCACGCCUGCCCCGGAGUACAUAGUCUGGAGCGGCGCCGACACGGCAGCCUCCCUCUCCAUGAUUGGCACGACGUCUUACACUUCUCUUAUUGGAGACAUGUUUAUCCGCAACAUUAACCGCACGUACUAUGCUGCAGGCGGCAAGGGCGCGGUGAACCCUUUACAAGCGGUACAGGAUACCGCUGAGGUCCUCUGGGACGCAGCCUAUGUAGGCGCAUCAAGUGCCCAGCUAGUGAUUGCACAAGAAUAUGAGGUCAGAGACGUUAUCACUCAGGUGGUGGCGUAUCGAAUUGGACAGCCGUUUUAUAUUUAUCUGAUCACAGCAAUCAACGCGACAGCAUUGCUGCUGCUAGUGGUGGAAGCAAUACGAACGCGAUUCUGGGCGUCACUACCACAGUUAGACUUUGCGGAUGUGAAAAGCACUGUGGUUGCCAGCUCAGUGGGCGGCACAGCAAUUGCUGAAGCGGUGAAGGAAGGCUAUGAGAAGAUGGGAGGACAGCCUAUAAAGGAGGUGUGGCGCGGCUCACGAGCGGAUCGACUGGCUGGAGAUAUAGCAGUGAUGAUAGUGGAGAAGGAGAAUAGUCCAUGUAUCACAGCUUGUAAAUGA